UAACCACGUCUAUGUCUCUCUUGUUUCAGCGUGAAGAGUGUGAUGCACAAGAGCAUGCUCCGCGCUGGGGAGGUCGCCUUCGACAAAAUAUUUAAUCAAAUAUUAGGUUAUCUUCUGUUCAAAGACUUCUGUGAGAACGUGGCAGAGGAACCUAUACCGCAAUUACGAUUUUAUGAGGAGAUUAAGGCUUAUGAAAAGCUGGAGACUGCUGAGGAACGUCGAACAGCAGCUCGUAUCAUUUAUGAUAAUUUUAUAAUGAAAGAACUCCUAGCACAUUCACAUGACUACUCAAAACAAGCAGUUAUGCAUGUACAGAAACAUUUAACGAAGAAUGAAGUUCCACCUAACUUAUUUGAACCCUAUAUAGAAGAGAUUUUUAAUCAUUUGAGAGGUGAACCAUUCCGGAAGUUUUUAGAAAGUGACAAGUACACAAGAUUUUGUCAGUGGAAGAAUGUAGAGAAAGGUAUAAAUUUGACGAUGAAUGACUUUAGUGUCCAUCGGAUUAUUGGCCGUGGUGGGUUUGGUGAAGUCUAUGGGUGCCGCAAAGCAGAUACAGGGAAAAUGUAUGCAAUGAAAUGUUUGGACAAGAAGCGCAUCAAAAUGAAGCAGGGAGAAACUCUUGCAUUGAAUGAAAGAGUCAUGCUUAUUCUUGUCAGCACAGGGGUUGACUGCCCAUUCAUUGUUUGUAUGACUUAUGCAUUUCAAACACCAGAUAAGUUGUGUUUUAUUUUAGACCUCAUGAAUGGCGGAGAUUUGCACUAUCAUCUUUCACAACAUGGUGUCUUUAAUGAACCCGAAAUGAAGUUUUAUGCAGCAGAGGUCAUUUUAGGUCUAGAACAUAUGCAUCGGCGUCACAUUGUGUACCGGGAUCUCAAACCAGCAAAUAUUCUAUUGGAUGAACAUGGUCACAUUAGAAUAUCGGAUCUCGGGCUUGCUUGUGAUUUCACAAAGAAAAAGCCUCAUGCCAGUGUGGGAACACAUGGAUACAUGGCUCCCGAAGUACUCUCAAAAGGAACUCAAUACGAUGACAGUGCUGAUUGGUUUUCCUUUGGGUGCAUGUUGUACAAACUCUUGAAAGGACACAGUCCUUUCCGACAACACAAGACAAAGGACAAACACGAAAUUGACCGGAUGACUCUAACAAUGAAUGUGGAAUUGCCAGAAACAUUUUCAAAAGACUUGCGAUUACUUUUGGAAGGGUUACUACAGAGAGAUAUUGACAAGCGUCUCGGAUGUAGAGGCAAUGGAGCUGAUGAGGUGAAGGAACAUUCUUUCUUUGCGGGAAUGGAUUGGCAGCAAGUAUACCUACAGAAAUAUACUCCACCCCUCAUACCACCUCGAGGGGAAGUAAAUGCUGCAGAUGCAUUUGAUAUAGGUUCAUUUGAUGAAGAAGAUACUAAAGGAAUUCGACUAACUGAAGCAGACCAGGGAAUAUAUACACAUUUUAAUGUGACAAUAUCUGAGAGAUGGCAAACAGAGGUAGCAGAUACCGUUUUUGAAACCAUCAAUCAAGAAGCUGACAAACAAGAACAGAAAAAGAAGGCUAAGCAGAAACCUAAAUUUGAUGAAGAUGAGAAAGAGUCUGAUUGUAUUCUUCAUGGAUACAUUAAGAAGUUGGGAGGACCUUUUGCAUCAGCUUGGCAGACACGUUAUGCUAAACUGUAUCCCAACCGUGUUGAACUUCACCCAGAAUCAGGGUCAACCAAGCCAGAGCUUGUUUUCAUGGACCAGAUUGAAGAUGUUAGUGCUGAUCUUGUUCAUGUGAAGGGGGAACAAUGCAUUGUGGUCCGUACUAGGGAGGGUAAAAUAGUCCUCACCAACCCGGAUGAGAUAGGGCUAAAUGAAUGGGCAAUAUCACUGAGGUCAGCACACAAGUGUUCUUUGGAGCUACUUGGAAAUAUGGCAAAGAAAGCUGGAAAAAUUUAUGGAACGGAGAGGGAAGGAGCUGCAAACAACAAAAACCCAGUCAUUUCUGCAAGGAACACAAAUGGCAAUUAGACGCAGAACCAAUGACACCUGCUGUCUUGUGCGCCAAUCUGUGAUCUGCUUAAUGAAAGUGUGCCAGACUGCCUUGCUCCUCGUAUUGGCUGUCAUCUAAGUUAAUAAGGCAAACUUCUUUUAGUCAUAUAAUCUUCACCUCUUGCAAAUUCUUUGCAACAAAUUAAUAGACAAUGCUACCUGUGUUUUGGUUUUGACAAGUUUUUAAUUUUUUUUUAGUGAAUUGUUUCAAUGUUUAUAGUUCCCAGAACCUGUUGAGCAUUGUGUGUUUAUAAAGCCAUUUCACAUAUUAAUGUAUAGAAUUUAAGUAUAAUGUAUUUGUGAUUGUGAGAAUGUUAAUUUGAUAUUGGUUGCUGAGUGCAACUGUUUGCGCAUUUCAUAAAACAUUGUAAGUAAUGAAACGCAUUGUUGAGAAUGUAUGCAUUUUUAAACUCAUCCACUUCACAGUGGUCAUUGUAAAUACAGGAGUUUAUCGGAGAGUGGAUACAGAUAAUGCUGGUUGAUGAUAUGCUCCCACGUUCCUGACUGUGCCUUUAUUUUUAGUUUAUUUAUUUUCUAAUGAUGUCGUGCCAUCUUCUCUUGGCAAAGUGUUAUCUCCUACUUGUAUGUUUGUCUUUUGCUGUAAUGCAAUCAAGAAGGAGCUGUGAAAGUGACAAACAGUGCCAAUCAUUUGCCAAUAUUCACACCCCUCUCAGGUCUUCGAAAGUGUGCUUAGUAUAUCAUUUUCUGCGCUUGACUUUUGUUUUGAAGCUCUGUAUUUAUUUACUCUCUACUCUGUAUACUUGAAAACUCCUGAAUCAUCAUUUUGCUCUUUAAAUUCACAUUGUUUUCCAAAGGAUAACAAAAAUUCAGAAGACAAUAAUUGCCAUGGUUCUUAGCACUGUUACAUUUGAAAUAAAGCUAUGCCUUUCAGCAUCUGCAAUGUCACAAGCACACCUUAGGUUGAAGCUUGGCAUAACUAAGCAAGAGCAGUUAAUACUUAAAUCCAUACUGAGAGGUGAGCAUCCCUUGUGACUAUCUUUACUCUGCAUAGGAGAGGACAGUCUUGUAUGAUGUGGAAGGGCUUUGUAAAACCCACUUGAAAUGUCAAUUAACAUGUAUCAAAAACAAAUUUGUGCUGUGCACUCCACAUGUUAAGUGACACAUUGCUUUAUCUCGAGUGUUUCAGCCUGAGUUUCCAGCCACAAGAUGUUCAUUAAAAGUGAGCUUAGCUUCCCUCAUCAUCUAUAUGCCAGCAAAUAUAUAACAUACCCAUUUGUUUCAUGCAAGUGCAAAGUAUUUCAGGUGUGAAAUAUCAUUGUGCAUAUAAAGGACGUUGCAGCAGUUCAAUUCAACAAUUACAUUGAAUAUGAAAGACACCAUGCUUCCCAAUUUAUCAGAACCUAUUUGAUAAAAUGGCAUCGCGUAACUUUCUUGGAUGAAUAACUUUUUACUUGGGCCCAUAAAAAUGUGAAGUGGUAUCAAAUAUCAUCAUUAACUGCUGGUACUUCCUCUUCAUAGUCUUAUGCAGUGAUGUAGUGCUGUGCGGGUAAAAUGGUUCAUUUCAUUUGACUUUGGUCUUGUCAUGGCUCUAGAUUUUUAUGAUCCUAUUUUGUAACUGUUAACAAGAGCAUUCAGUAGCACACACUUUAGCACAUAAGUGUGAUUUGAUCUUCUAUAUUUUCUGCACACAUCCCUCUGUAAUCAAAUCAAACUAUCUUUUUAUUUUAAAAAUAUUAUUUACUGAACACAGCUUGCUGUUUUUUUGCUUGCUUGUUUGUCGCCCUUGUUGUUGUUUGUGUUCCUUUGCUUUAAAUUGGGGUAUGGUAGAAGCCACCAGCUUGUUGACAUUUGUGAUGAUUUGGCAUUGACUGUUGAAAUUCAAAGGUGCUUAUUUUAAGGGAUUUGUGGUUGAGGCUGACUCAGCAACUAAUCUUGUCAAAAAAUAUAAAAGUAUUGUGGAGGACCAAAAAACAAAAUUUUUGAAAGAAAAAUAACCUAACUACAAACAAACAAGAAAUCAAUUAGAUAUUCCUGCUGCUUGGUUAGUGGGAUAACCUGUGAUGGAUGCUGACUGUCUUUGCCAUUAGUCUUCUUUAACAGUUUUAGUGCUUUUUUACUCAGUUUCAAUUAUUUUCUGGCAUCUGUGUGUCUUCUUAUUAUAUGUAAGCCAAAAUUAUUCCUAUGGGCUAAGUUGUGUUUUUGAAUGAAAAUCUACUGUAGAUUCCUCCUAACUGAAUUUAAAUUGAAUAUGUUGAUGUACAAACAUCAAUCUAUUGUCCGAACAAUGCUGGCUGUAUAUGACCAAAAUGUUACCACUUCUUUGACAGUGUUGCUCCUUGCCCAUUUAAAAGUGAUGUAAUUCAUCACUUUCAUAUUUUUGCCAGAUGGAAGGUUCUCAAUGUCGGCAAUGCCUAUCUUGCUAUCUUUUAUUUCCUCAGGUUUUCACUAUUUAUUUCUAAGAGUUGUAUUGCUUAGUUUCUGGGUUUGAAUUGUGGUGGACAUGGCAAGGGUAAAGAUUGACCUGUACUCUAAGAUUCUUACCUACUUACCUCUUUUCCAACCAGUGAAUGUGUCAAAAAUAUUAGAGGGGGAUGUCUGCACUUUUAUACCAGCUAGGAUUUCUCAGGCAAUAACGAUUUUUUCUAGCCACCUGUCUAAAAAACAAAUCUUCAGAUAUGAAUAAUUAUUAUUGUUAUUAAUAUUAUUAUUAUUAUUAUUACAGUUAUUAUUUUAUCACAAUAUUUUAAUGGUUACUAAGAUUUUUUGUACUAAUGGGUACUGGAAUGUGAGCAUGAAAUGUUGGUGGAUAUUCCAAUUUACUAGUGUGCAUUUCAUAGUCUUUGUGUCAGUUCUUAUCCAGCCAAGGGAGGGAGUGAGAUUGCACAAUGAAUGGGUUGUUAACUUUUCCCAAGAACCACAACAUCACAUGAUUCUCUUUAACAUGGAACCUCAUAAUUGUACUGGUUUCACACUGAAUUAGGGUGCCUUUAGGUUAAAGACUUUUUAUUAUGUAUAGAAAAUUGGAAACAACUGUGCAUGAUUAAGUAUGAUAUGUUUUGAUGCAUUUUAUACUAAAUCAAUUACUUCUUGUAUUAAUCAAAGCCCAGUGAAUUUCUAUGUGACCGAUUGUAUGCCUUCUGUUUUGUUUUUGUUUUUCGCGUUAGGUUCUCAAAAUUUGAGAAAGGAAUCGAAAUUAGCCUUUGCCAUCCAUCCAAAUUGUUCAUGGUUACAUAAUUUUUCCUAACUUUGUAGUUCAUUACUGGGCAUAUACAAUUUUUUAAGUCAAAGCUUUCUGACUUUUUUUUAUUUGGCCAGAGUUUGCAUAACAGUAUAGCCCUCAAGUACUUGAUACAUGUACCUGCCCGUAGUUCCCCACUUCAGAUUUCACUGUGUUAUCUCAUUUUGUAUAAUGAAACCAUUAUACAUUUCCAUUUUCAAUUUUUAGCAUAUGAUCUAUAGUGUUUAAUUUGUAAUUUUGUUUACCUGUUGAGAUACAGUAGCAGUAUCAACCCUAGUACCCAGUGAUGGAGGUGCUCUUUAUCAUAUAUGUUUAGUAAUGAACUUGCUGAAGUUUAUUACACAUCAAGUAAGCUUGUCUCACUCAAUGAGGUACAUUCAAUCAAGAUUCUUUUUUUUUUUUGCCUAUUUGACUGUGAUAUACUGAAGCAGUACACAAGGUUUUUAUAUCACCCUGUUAAUCAAAAGUAAUGAAUGUGCUCAAAAACUGAGCUAUUCGAUUGAGAAGCAAGGUGCUGUUUAUCAAUUCACUUUCCAUUUUAAUUUUUAUUUUCAAUUUUCAAAGUUUUCUUCUGCUUUUGUUUUCUACUCUACAUUUUACUUGGUUUAUGUGUUUGGAUUAGGAAUGAAGAUAAUUUUUGAUUUGCCUACACAAAAUGUUCAAAAUGUAAUAAGAGAGAAUUUGAUAGGGAAUUUGGUGCUGCCAUGUGUUCAGAUGAUUUAAAUUGUCAUUAAAAUGUUUACUGAUUUCAUGCUCUGCAUUGUUGUGGCUGGUCAUGGGUAAUGAGUGUUUUUUAAAAAUUUUAUUUUUAGAGCUUAAUAUUAAACUUAAUACUCCGCAAUCGUGAGGGUUUUAGCCUUCACUAGGUUAAAAAAAACUCUCUAAAUCUGAAUCUCCAAGACAAUUUUAUUGGCUCUUAUGCACAUGACAGUAAUUGUGAGACUGGUUAUAUGUCAUUAGAUGUUACAUAAUUGUUGCCAAAAGUUGCCAAAUUUGGUAAUGUUAAGAAGUGCACAUUGCUCUGAUUUGUUUUAUUUUGUUUGGUGAACUGACCAAUGAAGCAUCCCUAUUUUGCCUUUCUCGCGAGUAUGACAUGUUUGAAAAUAUUAAUUUUCUACAGCCAUGUAAUUUUGUUUCGACCGUCUCCCUCUUCUGUAUUUAAAGUGAGGAAAAUUAAGAGGAGACUGAACUCCAGGCUCAAAACACAAGGCACCAUCUAAAGCAACCAAUAUUCAUUCUCCAUGAAUUUUCUUGUUUGUGUAUGUAUCUUUUAUUUUAUUUCACUGUACUCCUUCAGAGAGCUAAUUAAUAGUAUUAAAUUCUAACCAUGAUUAAUAUUAUUACUUUUAUUAUUAUUAAUUUGAAACCACACUAGCCUUGUUUUUGUGGUCUUACGACAUUACUUUUGUAAGGUACAUACAUUGACAUUGGUUGAUAUUGAUAGAUCAUGUUCAAAUCAUUGCUAGGUAAAGUAGGUUUUGAAAAGCUUGGAAGAGAGGUUUGCAUGUACACUUUUGAUUUCAUGAUUUGGUACUUUUCUUUAUUCAUCUUUUUCCAAUCAAUUCCCCAGUUUUGUGUAAUCUACCAACUUGAUGUAGUCAUGUGUAUCUCCUCGCAAUGGUGUUAAUUCCCUUGUGUUAAUCAAUAACUUGCUGUGUUUUGAGUUCGCUUCAAUUUCUUUAUACACUUGUGUGUCAUAGACAGUUGUUGCUUUAAUUGUGGUGAUCAACCAUGAUGAGAAUAUAUUUUAGGUAUCAUACAUCUGGAGUGUUAACAAAUCACCCUCAAUAAGGAACAUUCCUGCUUUCGUCUGUAGUUCUGGAGUGGGAUGGUGUGAACUGUGUACAUAGAAGUAGUUCUGUGAUUCUUGCCGUUUGAUCCUGUCUGCAUGUAACCACCAGUACAUCUUGUAAAAUUAGCCCCCCUUCAAGGUAAACAUGAAAUUCAUCACUAAUUCAAAAUUUACAGCAUUAGCAAAUUGUGAUGAGUGGAGAAUUGAUUUGAAUAAUUUUAGUUGCUGAUUGACUGAAGUCUUUCUAAAGAAAAAUUUGUUUAAUUUAAUCAUCCCUUAUUUAAAUACACAUUCUCACAGUGUGUAUGGCUACUAUUGUGCCAUAUAUCAGCCUUGGGAGAAGUAAUCAAUUUUUUUUGUGUUUUCUAAACAUUUUCAAGUUAAACAAUAGAAUACAAUUUUUAUUUUUGUUUUCUGUGUUUGAGUAACUUUAUAGUUGACAUGUAGACUUCUGCUUCAUGAAAUGUUCUGUUAUUUUGUCAUUAAUUACAGUGUGAUAAUCAUCAACUCACUUUUCCCCUGCAGCUAAUGUUUGAAGUAGAAAAGGUAACUCUCUGGAGAAGUGCUAGGUUUCUGUAUUGCACAUAGUGAAAUUCCUGUCUGCAGGUUUUCUAAUGACAUUUUCAUAACCAUUCUCAAAUUUAGCACUGUGAUAAUUUCAUGUCUCCCAACUCGCAAAAUGUACCUUCUAUUUGUAAUUGUUCAUCUCUAUUUCAUGAUACCAGAUAGGAAUGUAAGUUUAAGUGAAUAGUGUAAUAAGUUGUGUGAACCUUCCUCACCCCACUCCAUCUCCCUUUGAAGAAAUGUUCGAUUUUAGGUUUCAAGUCCUGUAUAAUUGCAUUUCAGGGAAAUUUUUGAAGGCUGCAUUGAUCCAUUUUUCUCUAUAUAAUUUCCUGAGUAAGUGUAUGCGUGUGUAUUCAAGUUUGUUUGGGUGUAUGUGUGUGAGUAUGUGAGUGAUGGACCUAUGUUGGUGCUUUGUGUCCAAUUUUGUAGAAAGUGAAUUGUGUUAUCGUCAAGCCAUUAUGAAGGGUUUCUGCUCACAAAAAGUCAACCAGCAUGAAAUCAGGAAUAUUACAAUACUUAAGGUGUUAAUGCCAAUUAGUUGAAUCCUAGUCGUCAAAUUGAAAUGUUUCGUUUUAUUCAUUUUUGAGUUGUAUAAUUUUAAGGUCAUUGCUUAAGGUUCUGGAGCUUAUUGGUGUAAUUCGGAAGUGAAAACUGAGCUUCUUGUACUAGAUCAACCAAUUUCCUGAUGAAAGACCUCUCAUAACUCUAGGUAGAAGAAUGGGACGCUGGCAGUGACUUUUCCACCAUGUCUUCCCUUACCUCUAAAUUUUCUUACUACUUGAAGUUUCACUACAUUACCGACAUAGCAGUUUUGGUAUCUUAAAAGGUCAACUUUUCCAUGAAUGGUGUGGAGGGACAAGUAUGGUUUCUGUGACUUAUGUCCUUGUUAAUAACGCUGCAAAACUGUUCUGGGACUGGCUGCUCGGUAUCCUCCAAAAUUAUUUUGCUUGAAGCUUUGUGCACUUGUUUGAUGCCUUUCGCCUUUCUUCAGCAAAGCAGGUGAGAGGCCCAUCAGCAAUUUUGUAUUGUGAUAUUUUCUUUUUCUCUUUUAAAGCAAGUAUUUUGUUUUUAGGAGGGGGAGGGGGGGAUGAUUUAAGCAAACUGAUGCAGCCUUUUGAUGUGGUGUUCCCUCUAGUAGCCGGUCCCUGCAAUUAGUAGUCUCUUUGGUAUGUGCUAUGAGGGCAAGCAAAAAUAAUUUCCUACCUCUUCCUUGUUAGUUUCAUUUUUUUUUUUGUUUCAUAGUUUAACUGUUAAUGAAAUUUAUACAAAUUAAAAUGGUUAUUGUGUUUAGCAUUCA